AGGAUUCAUUGUUAUAAUUGCAUCAGAAAGGUGACUUGAUGAUAUCUUGAAUGAUUUUGGGGUUUUCAAGGAUAAUGGAGUACUGUAGCUGCAAAAUCAUCCCCAUUAUCAUCGUCUUCCUCACAACAAUCAUUGUUUGUGGAUUAUUGACUGCCCCAAACCUUCAGAUUACGCCAUUAAUGGAGGUAAAGCUCGGAGCUUUUAUUGGGUUAAAGAAGGCCAAAACACCAUAUUUCCAUCAGUCACCAUCGCCAUCGCCAUCGCCAUCGCUAUUGCCAUUGCCUUCUCCAGCUCCAGCUCCAGCUCCAGUUCAUCAUGUUCAUCUACAUUCUCAUCCUACUCAUUCUCGCCGGAGCCACCAUCAAGGCCGCCGGAUUCCACCAUCUGAGGGUGGUAAUGGUGGAAGAAGAAAGAAGGUUCUGGUGGCAGUUCUGGUGUCUGCCGGUGGGGCUACUUCUAUAAUCUGUCUCAUUGGUCUGUUCUUGGGGUGCAGAAAGUUUAGAAAACAGAAGAAAAAGAAAUCAUCUCCAAAACAUGUGAAAAAGGUAAUCUCUGAUCCAGUUCCAGACCGUUUUUACCUUGAAGCAUUAGAAAAUGUUUUAGACCCACCAUCAGUUUGUAGCUAUAAACAAGAUUCAGAUGCUAAUGAUCAAAAUUUUGCAUCACGGAAUUCACAUAUGAAUACACUGAUAGAAGAAAAAGAAGAAGAAGAUAGGGGAGGAAAAGGAUUAUCAAAUUCUGAAAUUUUGGACUCUUCUGCUGGUGUUGUAACCUCAGUUGAAUCAUUGAAGUUUGAAGAAGAGGAUGAACGAGUUUUUUUUGGUUCUCCAAUUGGUGAAGAAAUAAUACAUGUGGAAGCUCAUUCAUCAGAUGAUGAGUCUUUCCAUUCGUUUUGCAAUUCACAUCAUUCAUCUAAUCCAAGAGUUUCCGAUGCUUCAAUCGGAUGUGACAUAUUAGAACCACCACCAUCAACUGCAUCACCACCACCACCUCCGCCGCCGCCGCCGCCACCACCACCACCUCGUUCAUCUUCUACCACCAAAGAGACAUUGAAAACCUUUAGUUGUCCAAUGAAAUCCGAUUCUUCCUCAGGAUCAAACCGAACUGCAUUUCCUCUCCCACCAAUGCCACCGUCAUAUCCGAAAGGAAAACCACCACCACCACCGCCGCCACCGUUUUCUAAAGGAAACCCACCACCACCACCACCACCAUCUCAAUUGACACCAAUGGGUAAGGACGGAAGUCCGUUGCCGAAGUUGAAACCGCUUCAUUGGGAUAAAGUACGAGCUGCACCGGAUCGUUCCAUGGUGUGGGACAAGCUGAGGUCAAGCUCAUUCGAGUUUGACGAAGAAAUGAUCGAGUCCCUCUUCGGUUACAAUCUACACAAUUCUAACGAAGAAUCAAAGAGCAAAAGUCCAUCUCCUAGUAAACACGUUCUCGAGCCGAAAAGACUUCAGAAUCUAACCAUACUCUUGAAAGCUCUCAACGCCACCACGGAACAAGUUUGUCGUGCACUUGUACAAGGAAAUGGCUUGAAUUUACAACAACUAGAAGUAUUGAUAAAGAUGGAACCCACAAAAGAAGAGGAGGCUAAACUCACAGGGUUCAAAGGUGACUUGGGUUCGGCCGAGACAUUUGUUGCAUCGAUACUUACGAUACCAUACGCCUUCCCAAGAAUUGAAGCAUUGUUGUAUCGAGAAACGUUUGAAGAUGAAGUGACUCAUCUUCGAAAGACCUUUUUGAUGCUAGAGGAGGCAUGCAAAGAACUAAGAUCAAGUCGUUUAUUCCUAAAACUACUUGAAGCAGUGUUGAAAACCGGGAACCGAAUGAAUGUAGGAACGAUAAGGGGAGGAGCAAAAGCAUUUAAACUCGAUGCAUUGCUUAAGCUUGCGGAUGUGAAAGGAACGGAUGGAAAAACCACUUUGCUUCAUUUUGUAGUUCAAGAAAUCAUUCGUUCGGAAGGCAUUAGGGUGUCCGAAAGCAUCAUAGGGAAGAUCAACCAAAAAAGCAAGCGAAGAAACCCCGAAGAUCGAGAAGAAGACUACAGAAACAUGGGCCUAGAACUUGUCUCAGGCUUGGGUACCGAACUAUGUAAUGUGAAGAAAACCGCCACCAUAGACUUUGAGGUUAUUGCAAGCUCGGUUUCAAAUAUAUCACAAGGCAUGGGUAGAUUGCGAAGAUUGGUGAAUGAAGAUUUAUUGAUAAAAGAAAAAGGUUCUAGUUUUGUUGAAUCUAUGAAAACUUUCUUGAAUUAUGCCGAAAAACAUCUAAAAGAGUUGGAGGAAGAUGAAUACAAAGUGUUGGAGCUUGUGAAAGAGAUCACGGAAUAUUUCCAUGGAAAUAUGAGUAAAGAUGAUGCAAAUCCGCUUCGGAUCUUUGUGAUCGUGAGAGAUUUCUUGGCGAUGUUAGAUCUUGUAUGUAGAGAGUUGCGAAGAUCGAAAGUUUUAGCACCCUUUCGGUAGAUUUGGGUGUACGAUUGUUGAUACAUUUGUUGGUAGAUUGUAAAAAGUGACCUUGAUUUUA